AUGGGCUCUCGGCCGCGUGGUAGUGGGAUUAUACAAAUUUACGAAAUUUCCAGCGGUGAAUUAAAACUCCUGAAAGAUGUUGAAAGAUCACAACCAAUAAAAUGUGGAACUUUUAAAGCCUCCAGUUUAAAGGAUAGAUACUUGGCGACCGGUGAUUUUCAGGGUAAACUAAAUAUCUACAACUUAGAAGAUCCUUCAAUCCCAAUUUACACAGUCAAUGCCCACAAUGAGAUUAUAAAUAGCAUUGAUGGUGUGGCUGGACAAAGUAUUGGAUGUGGAGCACCUGAAUUAGUAACUGGUUCCAGGGAUGGAAGUGUUAAAGUUUGGGAUCCCAGGCAAAAAGGUCAACCAGUAGCUGUUAUGGAACCUAAAGAAGGGGAAACCCGUAGAGACUGUUGGACAGUCACAUUUGGAAAUUCAUAUAAUUCUGAGGAAAGAGUUGUGGCUGCUGGUUAUGAUAAUGGAGAUGUAAAAAUGUUUAAUUUGAAAACAAUGUCCCUUCAGUGGGAAAGUAAUCUUAAAAAUGGUGUUUGUAGCAUUGAAUUUGACAGAAAAGACAUUCGAAUGAAUAAGUUGGUAGCAACUACUUUAGAAUCCAAGUUUUAUUUAUUUGAUUUAAAAACACAACAUCCCAAGAAGGGAUUUUCCUAUCUUACUGAAAAGGCUCAUAAUUCAACAAUAUGGCUAGUCAGGCACUUGCCACAAAAUAGAGAAAUAUUUGUUACCUGUGGUGGUAGUGGAAGCCUUUGUCUGUGGAAAUACAAUUAUCCAGAAAAAAGAAAACUGACUGAUGCAGAUGGAAUAGAUCAGGGUGUUGUGGGUAAUUUAAAUCUUUUACAAAAUGUUACUCUUUCAACACAGCCAGUUAGUUCUUUGGACUGGAGCCCAGACAAGCAAGGACUUGCUGAAGAGCAGUAA